AUCACCACCUUCCUCCCCUUUCCCACCACUUUCUCUCUCCCGAUCUCUCCCCCUUCCCCUCUCCGGCGAGGCCGCCGCCGCCAUUCGCCGGCCAUGGACGGCAUCGAAGGGCUCCUGGCGAGGGACUUCGGAGUGCGGCCGCAGGGCAAGGCCGCGCCCAUGGCCGCCGCCCGCGGCGGUGGACCCGCUUGGCCCAACCCCAGAUCCACCCCCGCCCCGUCCUACGACGGCCUCUUCGGCGCGCCCAUCCCCGCGGCCUCCGCCUCCGGUCCGCCCCUCGGCUCGAUCUUCGACUCGUUCAAGGGACUCUCCUCGUCAUCGUCGUCGGCAGCUGGAACCAAGCCGGUGUUCGACGACGACUUCUUCGAACCGGUCCGCGGGCUGAGGGCCUCCAACUCCACGUACGACAGUGACGGCGUAUUCGGGAUGGGGGCACCCUCGGCGGCUCCCGCUUACGACGUGUUCACGAGCAGCAACCGCUCGGCUCCGCCUUCCUAUGGCGACUUCCUAGGGGGCUUCGGCGGGAAGCCGCAAGCGGAGGAGAUAAAGUCGGUGGUGGUCGAGGACGACGACGACCUGUUGGGAGGGUUUGGAAUGAAGCCGGCCGGGGAGAAGAAGAAGUCGGUGGUGGAGGAGGACCAGCAGGGCACCGGGUUCGAUGAUCUGAUCCCAGGUUUCGCCAGUAGCAGCCCGCCAAAGAGUAGGAACCCUAAUGAUGAUAACAAAAAGAAGCCAGCAGUUCCAGCUUCAAAAUCAACAACCAGCUUCGUAGAUGAUCCAUUUGUUGUCCUAGAAAGAGUUUCUGUUCCAGGUUCCGCAUGUCCAUCCCCGGGGAGAUUCACAGAUCCCUUGGAAGAUCUUGAUAAGUCUGAUAACACUGAAGGCAAGAAUGUUGAUAGUGAUGCUGCUGCUGAUAGUCUAUUUGAGGAUUCUAGUGCUUUUAACCAGGUCCCAAAAUCAGAUCCUUCGUUCACUUCAGAAAUCAAUGGCGACACCAAGAAUAGUCAUCUACAAAGCAAAGCCCAAGAGUCAAGUUCUGUACAAAGCUCAGUGAAGAGAAAUCCAGCAAGCAGAUCUUCUCUGGAGGACUUCAGAAAUGGCAUGCCAAAAUCACAAUCUGCAAGGUACUCUGAUAUUCAUGUCGAUGACAUUUCAGAGAGAUACAGUGGCAAUGGUAUGGAUGAUCAGUCACCGAUAUCUACUGAAUCCGAAGACGAUAUAUGGCUUACAGUUUCUGAGAUCCCCCUCUUCACACGGCCAACUAGUGCUCCGCCACCUUCCAAAUCUCCGCCUCUUCUUAAACAAAAACCCCUGGGUGCAAAAGCAAAUGGAGAAGAUGACGAGUAUGUGUUGCGGUCUAGCCAAAAGCACAACCACUACAAAGAUACGCCAGAGCAAGCAGAUGAUUCUUCAGUAGAUGAAUCAGAAGGUGUUGCCAUGGGAAAGCAUCAGAUGCCAGCUUAUUAUGAUAAAAAUGCUUUUGAUGAUGACGAAGAGUUUGAUUCAAAUUCAUCAGCUCGUGAAGAGAGAGAAAGCCAGGAAAGAUUAGAACAUGCGCGAGAAAUGAGACUAAGGGAGGAACAGAGAAGACUUGAAAAGGAGAGGGUAUUGGAACAGCAAAGAGAGAAACAGGCAGUUGAGAGGGCUACGAAGGAGGCACGGGAGAGAGCAGUUGCUGAAGCACGUGCAAAAGCUGAAAGGGAUGCCCGCCAACGCUCACAGCGUGCUGCUGUGCAGAGGGCUCACCAGGAAGCCCGUGAGAGGGCUGCAGCUGAGGCUAAAGAUAGGGUUGCAAGGGCUGCUGCAGAAGAACGGGAGAGGGCUGCUGCUGAGGCCAGGGAAAGGGAGAGAACUGCUGCUAGGGAGAGGGCUGCAGCAGAAGGUGCUGCUGCAGAGAGAGUUCAGCAGGAAGCAAGGAAGAGAGCUGAGCGAGCUGCGGUCGAAAGAGCUGCUGCUGAGGCUCGACAAAGGCAGGCAGCAGCGGCGGCGGCGGCAAAAGAAAAACAGAGCACACCAAAUGAUGUUGAGUCUUUCUUUCGUAUGGAUGCUCGAGAUACUAGUGCAGCAAAGCAGAGGGGCCCAACACCAACAGUGGACUCUAUGUUUGAUUCUCAACCGCAAGGUAGAGGAACAGUUAAUGGAUCACAGAGAACAACCUCUACCUUGGCCUCUACCAGAAAAGCAAACCCACCACCAGCCACAAAUAUUUUUGGCAAUGGUCUAUCUGACUUAUUUGAAUUUGAAAGUACCCGAUCAUCAUCUGACGUAUUUCAAGAUGUUGAGGGGGAGAGUGAAGAAAGAAGACGUGCUAGGUCAGAACGUCAUCAGAGGACCCGUGAACGAGCGGCAAAAGCUUUGGCUGAGAAGAAUGAAAGAGAUAUGCAGGUUCAGAGGGAACAAGCAGAAAGAGAUAGAAUUGGUGACUCAUUAGACUUUGAAAUUAAGAGGUGGGCUGCUGGAAAAGAGGGCAACUUGCGUGCUUUAUUAUCAACUCUGCAAUAUAUACUUUGGCCAGAGUGUGGAUGGCAGGCUGUAUCCUUGACCGAUUUGAUUACUGGUGCUUCUGUUAAAAAGCAGUACAGAAAGGCAACGUUAUGCAUCCAUCCUGAUAAGGUGCAACAGAAGGGUGCGACUCUUCAACAGAAAUAUAUUGCUGAGAUGGUCUUUGACAUGCUCAAGGAGGCAUGGAACAAAUUCAAUUCUGAAGAGCUCUUUUAAGCCAUCCUUGUGUAUAUACAGCCAGCUUUUAACUAAAUGUACCCACGUGAAGCCCUGGAGGAUUAAGAUGCAGCCGAUCUUCUUGGUGCAGCUCCAUCAAAGUUAUCAGUGUAUAAUAGGUUAUGUUCAAAUACAGACUUCUGUUCUUUGAGGAUUGAUGACCCAAUUACUUUGGGAUGAUUCUUUUUUAUAUUAUAUAUCUUGGAGGGCCAAGAUUACAUGUAUUUCUUCAAUACCAUUUGUCUAUAGUCAGACCACAGAAAGUCGAAACCACAGUUUAUGCUUAAGAUCUUACAAGAAACAGAUGUACAAUUAUGUUUUGCCCUGUCAUUAUUCUCACUCUUGUACUCCAUUUGACUAUCAAUUCUCGACAUGAUUUGCAAUUUUGGAUUACCCAGCAGUUUUCCUCAAA